AAAUUUGUGUUAGUAAACAAUCGAUAAAAAAUUGCAUUCGAUCAUAAUCAAAUUGAUAAACAGUUUACUUAGUCGACCCAAUUAAAAUGGCAGAUUCUAAUGAUAAUUUGCCUCCUGGCUGGGAAUGUAAAGUGGAUGCAAAGAGUGGAAAACCAUAUUUUGUUAACCACUACACAAAAACAACGACCUGGGACGACCCGAGACCGUCGCGUCGAAUACAACUACAAGGAACUCCAAGACAUUUCACAAACAUGUCUGUGGAACAUAUUCCGCUCCAGCACGGAUCACCUGUCAUGGGUUGGAAAAGUCAGAGUCCUGCUUUUCAAAAGCUGGGACAAUACAGUCCCAGAAGUGUUCCGUUUCAGGAAAUGCGCUCAAUUCAGCGCAUGAGUCCAUUGAGUGUUAGAGGGAAUAAAGUUCAGGAUAGUUCUCUUACAAUUUUACCUGAUGCUGAAGAUCCGGUCACUAAAAUUAAUGCUAUGUUUCCAACUGUUUCUGAGACACACAUCAAAAUGCUUAUGAAGAAGUACCACAGUCGGGAAGCGCUUGUAAUCAGCGCGCUCCAGGUCGAGAAGAAUCCGAUCACCACGCCCGGGCCAUUCGCCACACCGCCGCCCCAACGCAAUAUCUACGGUACACCGCCACGCGGCAGCCCCGCGUGGCGGCGGCCGGGCAGCGGGAGCGAGCGCGCCGGCUCGCCCCGCAACUCGCCGAGGCCGCAUCCGUCGCCGAAGCUAAAGCUAAGGUAUAUGAAGUCAAUCUUUCCGCAAGCUGAAGAAACAAUCAUUCUGGAAAUCCUACAGAGCAACGACAACAAUAUACAGAAAAGUUCGGAAGUUCUAAAGGACAUGGGUUUUGAAAAAAAAGAUGCGGUUAAAGCUGCUCAACAAAAAAUGGAGGCGAAAAAAGAGGAAGAUAAGAUAGAAGAAAUAAAAGAAGAUAAACCGCCAACGCCACCACCUAUUUUAAGAACGCUAGAGGAAAAGGAAGCCAUGAAACAGCAGCUAAAAGAAAAAUACAAAGACGUCCCUGAUCAUUUAAUAAAAAUCGCUUUGGAAAGUGUUGAUUUUGAUGAGUCUAGAGCCAGUCAGAUUCUUCAAAUUAUGGUACAAGAGGACAGAAAAAAUGAUGAGAAAGUCAACAUUGUUCAAGUGGAAGAGACAGAGGAAAUUUCUGAACUUGAUUCACCAGCUCCAUCAACGAUUCCAGUUUCACAGAGUCGAUUGUCUCUAAAAUCUUUGUUAAAGUCUGAGAAAAACGACAAAGAUAAGCCUUCUUUCAAUAGAGUAAUUGAAGAGGGUAACAACGACUACAAAUCGUGUUACCUUGGUAACACCCACGGUCACAAUUCAGACAUUGUUAAAGGUGCCAACGAAUCACUUUUAUUAGAAGAUUAUGUAAAGUGGCAAGGACCGAAUCCCGGUUUGAGGAAGGGUCCGCAAGGUCUGGCCAAAGGUUCUAAUAAAUCGUUGCUCUCCAAUAGAUCUUACAGAGCUUGUGGCCAAAAUCCAGAGCUUAGGAAAGGGCCAAUGUUUGCAUUGGCUAAGGGUAGCAUAGUUUCUCAGAUGAAAUCACUUAUUGUUGGUGAUUCGCGGGGAAAAUAGGAUUUGUUUAUAAUUUACGAGACGGAAGGAUAUUAAUGAAUAUCAAUGUGCAAUGUUUUAAUUGUGUAUUAUUGUAUGAUUGUUUUAAUGUUUGUUGUUGGUUUAUUUCGAUGAAAAUACGAAAAUUUGUGAAAUUGAGUGUGCAAUAUGUUAAAUUUUUGUUUCAAAUCUUAUAACUGAAAGGGAUAUCAGAACUUCCAACGUUUGCUAUAAUUAAGUUGUUGGUUAAGUAACUAUAGUCAUUCAAAUAAUCAUUACAUACAUACAAAUGUUUAUAAAACUCUUACCUAAUAUAUCCACAAAAAUAUUCUGGUUUAUAAUAUGUAAGAACAUUCCAUUUCGCACUGUAAUUUAAGACAAAAAUUUAAAAAUCGACAAACUUCUGGAUGUUAUGAUCAGUUAGUAGAAGUAGUUUAGAUUGUAAUGUAUCUAUGUUGUUUCAUGUCUUCUAUGUACCUGCAAUCUUUAUGAAAAUUAUUUUUGCUACACAUUUUAAAAAUUCUUUCACUAUAAAUGUAGUUUCUCUAAAAAAUGCUUAUAACUAUAUUUUCUUAAUGUAUUCUAUACAAACGGUGAAUCUAAUGGAUUAGAUAAAUGAACAAUGAAUCACUAAGAUUUUUGUCAAAUUAUUUGAAAAAUAGAAUAGGCCUAAAUAGGAAAUUAGAUGGUAAGAUUGUGGUAAUACAAAAAAACACUUCAAACUUGGUGAUUACAUUUAAUUAAGGUUAAAUGAUAAUUGCUAUAGUGAAGUGGGUUAAAUAUAGGCUGUGGGUCGUAAAAUAUGCCGCCCUAAAAAUACUUAAUAGUUUACAAUCAUGAUUACAUGUUUUUGCCAUGUUAAACUAGAUGUUUAAAAUAUACCAUAUUAAUAAAAGAAAAUUUAGAUGA